GUUCUAGCGACAAUAUUCAACAUGGAACUGAUCUGCUUCACUCAUUAAUUUAUACUUAAAUUAAAUUCAAAUGUUAAUCUAUUUCUUUACAAACAUACGUAGUUUGCCAGGUUCUUAAUGCAAAACAACUUGCCAAACUGUAUAGUUGAAGAAAAAAGCAAAAAUACCUUUUUAAAAUGUUAAGAAUGGAUGUUGAAUGAAUCAAGUUGAAUGAACCAUGGCUUUUUCACAACUUUUAAGUUUAACAUCUGGAAUCAGUUUUAUACUCUUUAGAAUGAUUGUAUAUUGUUAUUGUUUGGUUUCCUUAAAUGUACACAUUACUUUGAGUUAGGUCAGAUUGAAGUAAUGCAUAUAUGCUUGCCAAAUGUUCCAAAUGUUUUUGUGGCAAUAAACUACAAAAAUAUCCGAAAUUUGGUAUUUCUUCAGUUUAAGAAUACACAUUUUUGUUCAUUCUUAUAAAUAGUAUCUCUUCAGUUUUGAAGUUGUUUAUAUGCCAUUGUGGCCCACUCAUGUUUUUGAAACCACAAAACAUAGAUUACUUGCCUGUAUCAUGAGUGCUUGUGUGCCAUUUGCUGAUCAGCCUUCAUCCCUUGUUGAUUGUACUUAACUCUACCCAUUUCCUGAGAGUAUCACAGGAAACUUCCAGAAUACUGAGUUUACCAUUCUUUAACUUCCAUUUGCCCACUACAAUAUAGAAAAAAGUAUUUAGGAAUACUUUUUGCUUCACGCAAAGCCUUUUAGCCAUCUUUAUUUGUUGUUGACUUUGAACAUUUUAAAACGUAAAUGUUACAUGAUUUAUUUCCUAACUUUUACAUUAUGUUGAGGUUUUUUCUGUUUUUUACUGCUGUCAGGAAGGAUGUAUUCACUGUUCAGGCCGGUUUCUCAAUGUAUUUUUUCACUGGGCUGGAGGAGGUGGUUUGAACUUGGUUCCCCCCCCCCCCCUUUCUCUCUCUCUCAGACACACUCUCUCUCUCUCUCGCUCUCUCUCUCACACACACACACAUACUCCUACAGACAGGCUCAUCGCUCCAAUCUUAAAAAUGCAAAGACAAGUAAAGGAUCAGAUCUAAGGCUGUAGCAACUGCUUGGAUUAAACAGGAUACAAAAUCCGUACCACCCUGGAUACAACCACUUCACUAUGCUUAGCUGCAACAUGAAGUCUGCCAUUAUAGUCCUUGUUGUGACACUGCACCUGUGCAUGGUCACCUCAUCCUCUUCAGAGAGCCGAGCACGUCACAAAAGAGCCUGGAUCAUUGACUCAUUCACCAUUGAAGAAGAAAACCCUGGGCCUUUCCCAUAUCAGCUAGGAAAAGUCCAUGUCGAACGAGAUUACCGGGUGAAGUUCAUACUCCUCGGAGAUGGUGUUGAUGAAGAGCCCGUCGGGAUACUUCAAAUAGAUGAAAAUACUGGAUUUAUCUCUGUUUUGGGAAAAGUUGAUUUUGAGAAACAUAGAGUCUUGAAGCUGAAAUUCGAAGCCAGAAAUGCGUCUAAUGAGGAACUAGACACAAGGCUGGGAGUGGACAUCUCCAUAAUGGACAUAAAUGACCAAGUACCUACAUUUCAGAAACAAGUGUAUGAAGUUACGAUUGAUGAAUCACAACAACAGGGGACAAGUGUACUUACAGUGAUGGCCACAGAUUUCGACAGACCAGGCACCUUAAAUGCAACAGUUGAAUACAAAAUCUUAUCUGUGACCCCCAUCACAUCUAAUGCUGAAUUCUUUAUUGAAGAGACUGGCAGAAUCUCUUUCAAGGGAUGUCUGGACUAUGAGAAAGCCAAUAAAUACACCAUUGUGGUUGAGGCAAAGGAUCGUGGGGAGAAGGUUCAACUCUCAAGCUCAAGCACUGUCAUCGUUAAUGUUCUGGACAAAAACAACUACUUGCCUGUCUUCAAUGGUGUCACAGGGUUGGGUCGAGUGAAGGAGAGGGAGUCCGGGAUGACUCCUCUCAGAAUACACGUCACAGAUAAAGACACAAAGGGUACUGCCGCGUGGAGAGUAAGAUACACAAUAAAGGGAGACAGGCAAGGGAACUUUGAGAUCCAAACUGACCCAGAAACCAAUGAUGGAAUCCUGACAGUCGUAAAGCCUCUGGACUAUGAGUUGGCCUCAGUGAAACAGCUGUCCAUCACUGCGGAGAAUGAGGAUCCAUACUUCUCCUGUGAGCUGAAGAGGAAGACUUCCGGCACCCUCUGGAAGGUGAUUAAUAUCGAUGCCGAUCCUGGAAAAGGAGGGGUGCCGGUUUUCGUGUCUUCGAACGUCACCAUUCUUGUGGAGGAUAUCAACGACCCCCCAGAAUUUACAUUCACCACGCGUGAGGUCGUGGUAGAUGAAGAUGCAUCGAUUGGACACUACCUGGAGACAUUCACCGCCAGCGACCCCGAUGGAAAAUCGCCCAAUGACUUUGAGUAUAUAAAAGGUGAUGACCCUGGUAACUGGGUGAGUGUGGAUCCCAAAACAGGUGCAAUUACAACAGUUAAUGCACUGGAUAGAGAAUCACCCUAUGUGGUGAAUGGCACCUAUCUCAUUACCUUAUAUGCCGUUGACAAAGGCGAACCCCCAAUGACUGCUACAGCAACACUUACGCUCCAUGUGACAGACAAGAAUGAUAAUUUGCCCCAGCUGCAAUCGAACACAAUCUCCAUGUGCCUGUCAGAUGAUGCCACUAUGACCACCAUCAGUGCCUACGACCUGGAUGAUGCCCCUUAUAGUGGACCCUUUCGAUUUGAGCUGGUUGGGGAAGAUAAAGACAAAUGGAGUCUUGACACCAACUAUGGGACCACGGUGAAUCUGAUUAAGAAGAGCACUGUCUACGCUGGAUUUUAUAAGCUGCAGCUCAAGGUCUAUGACCAGCAGGAGCGCUUCUCUGUGCAGAACAUCACGGUCGCCGCGUGCGACUGCUCCAUAAGUCAAGACUGCUCGGACCGUGCGGCCGCUUCCAAAGCCCAAAUCAACAGCAGUGCCAUUGGGAUUGUAUUCGCUGCCUUACUACUGCUACUGGGGAUUCUGCUUCUGGGCCUUCUUCUUACCUGUGGGAGAGAGAAGACCGAGUUCCCAUUUUCCAGUGAUACUGGGGAUGUGCUACUCUCCUCCAAUAUAGAAACACCUGGAACUGACUGCAAGAUUCCAGAGACACCUCAACUAGUCAAACAAGACCAGAGAAAAAAAGCAAUACAAGCAGCUCUAGGUUUUCAUCGACAAAAUGCUAUACGUAUUCGGUCAUCCGACAUACAGACAGCCAUUAGAAAUCAACAGGUUGGAGCUCAAUGGUACAAUUAUCGAGUGUAUGAAAGCAGCCAGGGACAAAGCUACUAUCAACACCACAGUAAUGCAGUGUACAAGAUUCCAGAGACACCUCAACUAGUCAAACAAGACCAGAGUAAAACAGCAACAAAAGCAGCUCAACGUUUUGAUCCAGGAAAAGCUAUACGUAGGCAUAUUCGGUCAUCCGACCAACAGGCAGCCAUUAGCAAUCAACAGUCUUUGCCGACGUCAAUGCUGAGCGGACACCAUUCCGCAUCCUCCCGCGGUGGCGCUUUGUUCUUAAAAAAAGAAGCCCUCACCUCAUUGGUCUCUCAGAGACUGUCUUCAAUCCAAGCAUUUGAAGAGGAGCUGUGCGAUUAUGACCCCAAAGUGUACACUUGUGAAGAAGAUUCAGUGGUUGACACAGAGCUGGACAGCAUCUCCGUUGACGAGGGCAGUUUUGUACCGGAUGACCUCUUGUACCUGGGACCAAGAUUUCAAACACUGGCCACAAUAUGCAGUGGCCAGUGUUUGGUGGUGUGUCCCACACCAACACAGCCUUUCCAAAUAAGAGAAACAUUAGUCGAAACACUAGUAGAAAUUACCUUAAAAUAAUGAAAUGUUAAACUUUUUGGGAGAAUAGAGUAGUAUAAUUUCCAGGUCUCAAUUAACCUUUUGUAAUUAUGCUUAUACCUGUUAACUGGAUUCACCACUGAUAAGACAGCUUUUCUCUUUUUCCUUAUAUCACAAAAAAAAAAAAUUUUAUUUCCUGUUUGAGAAUAUAUGACUCUUUGAAAUUAACUAUAUAGCAAGGGAUGGUUGUCCAUAUCAAUGUGCUCAUUAUCACUUUAAGGUGACAGGUUUUUAUUAUGGCUUUCAUUUUUAGCUUUUUACCGCAUCCUAUACCAGGGUUGGCAGCUGAUUGGGUUAAUUAUUGCUGGUUUACCUAGUUUUUCCUAAAAUAAUAUCAACUCUACACAUUCAGAUAUUUGAUGGCAAGAUAGACCAGUUUUUAUCCCCAGUAAUCAUAAUUGUGUUUGCUCGGUGACACGUGUCUUAUAAAAAGCUUGUGUGCAGGUUUUUGGCCAAUCUUUCAAAACAAGGAAAAUGAGAGCACCUUUAUCUGGGCUGUGAUGUGUGGCAGGUGUUUGGCUUCUUCGACAGACAGGUUAAAACAUGCUUACAAUGUUGAAGUCAACCUGUUCUUCAAAAGGCUUGUUACGUAAUAGUAUGCCAUUGCUUGCAGCUUGUAGAUUGCUUUUGAACAUAGAGAAUAAUUUAUGCUUUUCAGAUUCAAUUUCUAUAUUUUAAACCAGUCAGAGCAGAGUAUUUUUAUUCAUUUAUUUGUGUUUUAUUGGAAGCCAGGACAGCAAUGGGAUGUGUGCUGCUCUGUAAAAAAAAACAAAAUAUUGAGCUACAGGAAACCGGGAAAAAAUUGCAAUUCCCUGAUUAAGGAAAGAUUAUUUGUUUACAGACAUAGUCACACAGAAACAUCUCCAGCGUAAAUUUAACACUAACAGAGUACAUAUAAAACCAACAGGGACUACGUGUAUAGUACUCUAGUGCUCUGUAAGAGUUGAUUUAACACUGAUCAUUUUACUGUGCACCACUGAGUGAAUGAGGUGAAAAUAAUUACAUACAAAACAGUUCUCAGUUUUACAUUUCUGUUCCUCAUUCUGUCAUACUGUAUUUGAAUUAAUGUUACCAUUGCUAUUUUAAAAUUGCUUCAGUCUCACUGUUUCUCAUUGUUCUGCUGUAGCUGAGGUAGGAAAUUAAGACACAUAAACACCCAUUAUGUUUUUUUGUGUGUUUUUCAGCAAUUGAAUAUCCCCUGAGCUUUCUAUGUAAACGGAAUCUAACUUAUUAUGUUGCUCAAAUGCAUUUCUCAGGGUUCUAUGCAACUAACGUAUUGAGUUGAGAAAAUUUUUCAUCUGUGAAAGACAAACAAGAUAUGAAUUUGAAUCUGUAAAUCAACACAUUAAAUUUUUACCUGACUUCUC